CGUUCAACAACCCCACACACACCACUUCACGCCACUCUUAUUAUUUUCUUCUUUCACUCACUUUCAUGUUUUCGUUUUCCACUUUCGCUUACAACUAGAGCCAUUCGGUCAUCGAUCGCUUCGAUUCUUCGUCAUCUUCUUCACCGAUCAUGUCAGGUGAAUAUUUUGAUUACUAGAAUAAUUUGUCUAUGGGUGGAGCGUGUUCUCGGAAGCAAGAGCAGGAUGAUGAAGAUAAUCUUAGUAGAGGAUUUUCAAAGAAAUAUUGCAAAUGCGGGAGUUUGAAAUGGUGGACAUCAUCGUUUUCUUAUCCAUCCAUGGAUUUACGCGCACAAAAGGGAGAAUGUCCAUCACUGCUGGACUUGUGUGUCCAGAAAAUAAGCGAGGAUUUGGAUAGACAUAACACAUUUUCUAUGCUGCCACGUGAUAUAAGUCAGCAAAUUUUAAAUAAUUUGGUCUACUCUCGUCGUCUUACUAGUGGUUCUCUUGAAGCUUUUAGAGAUUGUGCUCUCCAGGAUCUGUACUUGGGAGAAUAUGCCGGUGUUGAUGAUUCUUGGAUGGAUGUCAUCUCAUCUCAGGGUUCAUCUUUACUCUCGGUAGAUCUUUCUGGAUCUGAUGUCACUGAUUUUGGAUUGACUUACCUUAAAGAUUGUCAAAGUCUCAUUUCCUUAAAUCUAAAUUACUGUGACCAAAUUUCAGAUCAUGGACUGGAUUAUAUCAGUGGUCUGUCGAACUUGACAUGUUUGAGUUUUAGAAGAAAUGAUUCAAUAUCGGCUCAAGGAAUGAGUGCCUUCUCUAGUCUUGUUAACUUGGUCAAGUUGGAUUUGGAGAGAUGUCCUGGGAUUCAUGGAGGCAUUGUCCAUCUUCAAGGUUUAACUAAGUUGGAAUCUCUCAAUAUGAAGUGGUGUAAUUGCAUAACAGAUUCCGAUAUGAAGCCUCUAUCAGAACUUGCAAACUUGAUAUGUCUAGAGAUUUCAUGUAGUAAAGUCACUGAUUUUGGCAUCAGUUUUCUAAGAGGAUUACAGAAGCUUGUCCUGUUGAAUCUUGAAGGGUGCCUUGUAUCAUCUGCAUGCUUGGAUUCUCUUGCAGAGCUUCCUGCACUGUCAAAUUUGAAUCUAAAUAGAUGCAAUAUUUCUGACAGAGGGUGUGAAAAGUUUUCGAGACUGGAAAUGUUGAAAGUAUUAAACUUGGGAUUUAAUGACAUAGGAGAUACAUGUUUAGCUCAUUUGAAAGCAUUGUCAAAGUUGGAGAGCUUGAACCUUGAUUCAUGUAAGAUUGGUGAUGAAGGAUUGGUGAACUUGGCAGGUCAUAAGCAAUUGAUCUGCUUGGAAUUGUCUGAUACGGAAGUUGGAAACAAUGGCCUAGAGCAUUUAUCAGGAUUGUCUAAUCUGGAGAAAAUAAAUCUGUCCUUCACUGCUGUUAGUGAUAGCGGUUUAAGGAAAUUGUGUGGACUCUCAUCUCUUAAGUCGCUUAAUUUGGAUGCUUACCAAAUUACAGAUGCUGGACUGGCAACCCUUACAAGUUUGACUGGCCUCACUGACCUUGAUUUAUUCGGCGCUCGAAUCACAGAUGUCGGGACAACUUAUUUGAAAAAAUUCAAGAACCUAAGGUCCUUGGAAAUAUGCAGUGGUGGAUUGACUGAUGCUGGUGUGAAAAAUAUCAAAGAGCUUACUUCGUUAAAGUGCUUAAAUUUAUCACAAAACAGUCACCUUACGAACAAAACAGUGGAGUUGAUUGCUGGGCUCACUGGGUUGGUUUCUUUGAAUCUUUCAAAUUCGCGCAUUACCUCGGCUGGACUGCAGCAUUUGAAAACGCUGAAAAACUUGAGAUCUCUGACAUUGGAGUCUUGUAAGGUGACAGCAAACGACAUAAAGAAAAUUAAAUCAAUACACCUACCUAAUUUGGUAAGCUUUAGGCCCGAGUAGUUGGUUAGGGCUGUGUUCUAAUCUAUGUAUAUAUGAAUCGUAUUGAUAUGCUAGAAAAGCAUUAAACUGUCUCAAAUUGUACAUAGGCUAAUGGAUAUGUGGAAGGGUAUGAAUUGCCUCCCUAUAGUACGAAGGGUUUUUUCGUUCUACUUAAAGUAAGUGUUUGUUUGUGUA